CGGAAUGUUGCAAAUCUAAGGUUUUAAGGUAACCAGACAUGUUAACUGCUCGAGUUAUAUGGAUAUUAAAUACUCUUGCUAUUAUACUGGGUUUCGAUGAUUUAUCAGCGAAUAGGAGUGCAACUCAGUAUAAUAUAGCGGAGUCCUGUCAAAAUUCUCGUACAUGUGACGCAACAAAUGCAUUAGACAGGAACAUAAGCACAUGUAUGCGAACACUGAUUGGUAUUACUACCCCCGAUAAGGAAACAUGGUGGUAUGUAGACCUCGGAAAUGUAUACAGAGUGUACAAUAUCAGGAUACAGUUUAAAGAUUAUGGAACGAUGUAUCGGUUGAGACAGCGAGGUCGCUUUGCGGGAUUUUCUUUGUAUGUGUCAAACACCACGAACUCAAAUGGAGGGUAUCUGUGUUACAAGGACGAACCUGAGUUACCUCCCUUAGAUUUCAACACAAACUGUUUAACCAGUGGGCGUUAUGUUAUAUUUUACAACAAAAGAAUAAAUAUAACAUAUCCAUUUGGGUAUGAAACAAACAGUGUUUACACAGAGCUGUGCGAAGUAACGGUGACAGGUUGUUUCUCUUCUGAUGUCUAUGGAAAAAACUGUGAUAAACCCUGUCCAGCAAAUUGUCAGGAACGUAAAUGUGACAUCAUCAAUGGAACCUGUUUUGGCUGUACCCCUGGUUGGGAAGGAGCACACUGUGACAAAGCAUGUCCUGCCAGAUAUUAUGGUCCACAGUGUGAAUCGAAGUGCGGUGGCUAUUGUAAAAACAGCAAGACGUGUAAUCCCACCAGUGGUCUAUGUGACAACGGAUGUGAUGAUGGUUGGACUGGAUCAUACUGUACCAGAGAAUGUUCAUCGGAAACAUAUGGGCCAGAUUGCGUGUAUAACUGUAGUGGGAACUGUUUUGGGGACGUUACGUGUAAUAGAACAACCGGAAAAUGUGACACUGGCUGCAAUUUUGGGUACACUGGAGAAUUUUGUGAAAAAGGAUGUGAAAGUGGAACGUUUGGUAAAGGUUGCAGCAAGAACUGCAGUGGACACUGUCUUAAAAGCGUUUCUUGCAAUUCAACAACUGGGCACUGUGAUAGUGGCUGUGCUCCAGGAUAUGUCGAACCUGUCUGCCACAAAAAAGCAGAAUCAGAAAACGAUAGCCUAGAUAUUAAAACAGAAUCGGUACAUAUCAAAGCAGUUACGGGAGCAGUUGGGGCUAGUGUUUUCCUUCUAGUUGUUGUUGUUAUCAUUACUUAUAUGUUAAGGCAGAGAAGAAAUAAAAGUAAAAAAGAUGAAAGGGAGGAGACAAUGGGAUUUUCGUCCAUGGAUGAAACAUUGAUGAAAAGUAAAAGAAAGCCAGCUGAUAAGACCGGAAUCCAAAAUGACUUUUUAAAUUCAAAAACAAAAAAAAGAAGCAAAAGAUUAACAUCAAAAGAUUCUCAAAACUUGAAUGGUUUGAUAAAAUAUCUUUCUGCAAUCAAAAGUACUAAGAUGGAAGAAGAAUAUAAGACAAUUCCAAAAGGAGAGUUACAUUCAUGCACUGAUGGGAAAAGACAAGAAAAUAAAUCCAAAAAUAGAUAUACUACAAUAUACCCAUAUGACCACUCUCGUGUUGUUCUCAGUUCCUCUACAGCUGAGUCGAACUAUAUAAAUGCCAACUACAUCCAGGAUGCAUUUGGAAAGAAAAAGUAUAUAGCAACACAAGGACCAAAGGAUAGUACAAUUGCUGAUUUCUGGAGAAUGGUCUGGCAAGAAAACUCACGAAUCAUCGUUUGCCUUACAAAUAUUAGUGAAGCCAAGACUAAAAAAUGUGCCAAGUAUUGGCCGGACCUGAAUGAUAAACACAUGGAAGGGGACAUCAGCAUACGCUGCCAGAAAGAGCAAAUCUAUGCAGAAAAUGUCGUCAGGCAUCUUAGAAUCAAAAACAUUUCAGACAAGACGGAGAGAGGCGUGUUCAUGUUUCAUUACACACAGUGGCCAGACCACGGGGUCCCAGAACCACUCAGUCUAGUGGUGUUCCAUCGUCACGUGAUGAAAUCUGAAGAGGAUCAUCCCAUGGGUUACAUUGUGGUACACUGCAGUGCAGGUGUAGGUAGGACCGGAACCUUUAUUGCAUUAGAUGCCCUGUAUAAGGAAGGGGAGAGAACUGGAAAAGUGAACGCUACACAGUAUGUAGAGAAGAUGAGGAACGCUAGGAUGAACAUGAUACAAGGAGAAGAUCAAUACAAGACAUUGUAUUUGGCGUUACUUGAGGCUUUCAGAGGACGGCUCCGCGCUGUACCGGUAGAUUUCUUUCUCUGGGAAUUUCAGGAUCACUCUUGUUACUUGAACCACGGAGACGUCUCCAAAAUAUCACCAUUUGCUUUGGAGUUUGAGGAACUGUUAUCCUUUAGAAAAGUGUAUACACAUGAGGAUUAUAAAUCUGGAAUGUCGAACAUAGCAGCAAACUAUGUUCCAAGUGUCUUACCAGUUGAAAGAUACCUAUGUCCAUUAACAACAGAAAAUCUAUAUUACAACGCAGUCUGUUUACAGUCGUUUACACGAUGUGACCAAUUCAUCAGUGCCCAGUUUCCUCUCCCCGACUACACAGAACACUUCCUGACUCUUGUAAAGACUUACUAUACAUGUACCAUCGUAUCGCUGUAUCCUCUAGGGGAAGUCAAAUCGACUUCUCUCUGGCUACCAACAAAGAAUCAACAAAAAACUGUUGGACCUUUUACAAUCAAAUUGGCUGAGAGCACACAAGCAAAAUAUGUGGCCAAGACUAACAUUACGCUACAGCAAAAGGGAGGCAGCAGCAUGCGAGUUGCUGUACUGGAGUGUAGAGGGUGGGAAGAUGAGUAUGACAGCAAGAGUAGAAGAAUACUGAUUGACCUUGUUCAAGAAGCCAAAAUAGAGGAAAGGACCCAUCCUACUGGAAGAAUACUUGUACUUUCCAGCGAUGGUGCUAAACGAUGUGGUCCAUUCUGUGCUGUAUUUAACGCCCUGGAACAAAUGAUGAUGGAUGAAGAAGUAGAUUUGUUCACCAUCACACGACAGCUUCAGACACGACGACCGAAGUUCCUGUCCAGUUUGGAGGAGUACCAGUUUUGUUUUGACACGAUUUCAGACUACCUACAGAAUGACACUUUGUAUGCAAACAUUUAGACUUUUUAGAAAAUAUUUCGGAGUGUUGUUCAACAAAACAAUUUCAUUUCGUAUUCAGAAUGUAGUACGUGUAUGCAAGAUUCUAAAACAGUCUGUGAUGAAGAAUAGUUUUCCUUAUAUUUUAUACAACAUUAGAUUUUUUCAAUUGAAAUGAAAAUUGUGUUGUGUUUACUAGCAGAAUUGUGUUCUAUUUAUUUAUGUAAAAUAAUAUCUGAUCAUUGAAUUAAUUUAGAUGAACUUAGCAUUUGUAUUUGACUUUUAAACUUUGAAAAAUUUUAUUCAAUGAAAAUACACGCUAACUGUCUCAUGCUGUUAAGUUCACAUUUUAGAAAGUGUCAUCUUAGUUACACACCAUUGUUGUAUUCUUAAUUGUUGGUUGUUAAAAAAUGUUUAUUUGUUGCAGUUGUUUUUUUAUUUAUGUGCUUAUGUGUUAGGUUUUUUUUUAAUUGUUGAAUUUAGUGAGUAUUUUUAGAAUAUCGUCAAUUGUUUUCCACGUAAUUUCAUGUCAAACAGAGCAUAAAUCCCAACAUUUUGCACUAGUACUGACAUAGUUUAUGUUUGUUAAUGAUUGUUUUUAUCAAAUUGAUUAAAACCGAAUCUCUUAUCCCCUUCUACAAAUUUAUUUAUGAAAUUAUUUUUGUAUAUUUUAAUAUU